UGUACGAUGUUUUCGUCUACUCGUAACAGUGUGUUUCAUUGCACACAGGUAGGGCAAGGCAAGGUCACAGUUAGUGAACCCGCCAUUCACCAGGUUCAGAUUGUUGACGUACCAGUCAUUGAUAGGUACCGGUGCGGCGCGUAAGGUACACACGGCGUGUACAGCCUGGUACAGGUACGGUGCCUAUUUGUGGUUACUGACAGUUAGCCACGCCCCCCGAACAAUCGGCGAUAUCGUAAGGCUCCCGUUAGAAGUAUCACAAUGUGUGCGGCUAGGAUUGCAACGAGACCUCUCCAUUGAGUAAGCGUGAAGGUUGGUUCCAAUAUACGAGCGAAAUGUUCCGGCUUUUAACUCUUGAUGGCAAAAGCAUUCCGGCUUUUUGAACGUAAAUUAAGUGGACAUCGUUCUGUCAUAUUAUCGACUUGCUACAGAUGAAGAGACAUGUUAUCCCUUUAUAUGAUGGCGUCCUCCGGUGAACUCAGUGCAAUACAAGAAGGGAAACAUGUCAGCUUUGUGGAGUACGUUUGUCGCGUGUCAGCGGGAAUAACGUCAAGACUUCUCCACCCUGAAGCCGACUGCAAUGAAGGCUACAGUCCCGCGUUGUGCAGGAAAAAAGGUCUAACCCCAGUGAAGAGAGUUGGAAAACGUGGGACAGACGACGAAGGAUGCUGGUGGCCAAGUUCGGUGCUUGUGACUACAGACAGAGAGGUCAUAGUAGCUGACCGCACGGGCAAGUGCCUCAGGGUAUUCAGUAGUAACACGUGGGGAUUGAGGAGGAAAAUCCCUUUAAGCUAUAAGCCACUCUGUGUGGCAUUGUUUGACAAGGACACCUUGGUAAUCACAGGCGACGCCCAAAACAUUCACUUGUUGGAUUAUCUGCAAGGGAAGGACAAGGGUGUCAUCCGGAUGACUGGAGCAGUAGAGACCGUAUAUCCGUCCGGUGUAGCUGUGGACAGUCUGGGCCGGAUAGUCGUUACCUCCCAUCGGCAAGGCUACGUCCUGAACUGCAAUGGUGAGGUGUUGACUACCCUGAACAGAGAAGGACCAGAGCAGUUGGGAGACUAUCUACACGUUACCACCAACAGUAAAAACGAUAUCAUCCUGAGCGAUUUCUUCAACAGCUGCGUGCAUGUGUUUGACCCAAACGGCCGAUUUGUGAACAGUUUCAGUUCUCAUGGAUGCGGGGACGGGCAGUUGGACCAUCCCCUGGGUAUCUGUACGGACGGGAGGGACAACGUUCUUGUACUUGACUCAGAAAAUCACCGCAUUGCCAAGUUCAGUGUGAAUGGAGACUUCGUGGAACACGUGGCGACGCGAGAAAGCGGCGUGAAGUUCCCGUACGAGAUAGCGAUGUCUGAAGACAACAGCCAGCUAGUCGUCUGUGACUGUGACUUGGAAGGCUUUAUCAAAGUGUUUUCUAUUAGCGAUUCAUGAACAGCAACAAUUACCUGUU